AUGGUUGUAUCGGUGUAUAAAGUAGCCAUUUUGCUGGUAUUGCUGUUGAGCCCAGUGACAGGAUUAAAAAUUAAUAAAAUUAUUGAAGAUGUGAGUAAAACACAGAGAGACCGAGGAUGUCAACUGAAAGCUACCAGAGCUGUAAUAGAACGGUGUACAAUACCAACAGGAUUAAAUACCACUGAAUUACAAGAUGAUUUCGUAUCAUUUCCUCAAAAUACAAAAUGUGCUCUGAAGAUGGACAACUCUUCAGUUGUAUGCAAAGGAUGUUAUGAAAACAGAUGGUACGAAACAUCUUGUGAUGAUGAUCUAUAUGUUCAUAGACAGAAAAGAUUUUUCGGCUUUAUCCUGGGUGCUAUUGUCGCUUGUUUAAUUUUUUGUGGCCGUGGUGGUGGUGGUGGUGGUGGCGGAGGAGAAGUUUAUCAUCCACCAAGUAUACAAUGCUCACCACCAUCAACACCUAUCUAUGCACCUGAAGGUUCAACAAGUUCUGUAGUUACCUGGUCAACACCAACUGGUAAGGAUGGAAAAGGAAAAACGCUAAGUCCUAAAUGGAUAAAUGGAAUUGGAGAUUCGGGUAGUUCUUUUCCACGAGGUCAUCAUACGAUAUCGUAUUCUGUAACAGACUCAAAAGGAUUUAAAGAUUACUGUUUCUUUACGUUUGAAGUAGCUGUUCAUGUGUGUCCGACAGUCCCCUGGCCACGAAAUGGAAGAAAAGAUUGUGAUGGUGUAGAAAUGAUUUGGGGAAAAUCCUGUACUAUAAGUUGUGAUCCCGGUUAUGAUUUACAAGGUAGCCAGCUUGUUACAUGUCAAAAGGAUGGAACAUAUGUUGUCCCCACUUGUAAAGCUAAGAUAUGUCCAGUACUAACUUCUCCGACAAAUGGGAAUGAAUACGACUGCUCUGAUGGUAGAAAUUAUAAAAGUGUAUGCCGUACUACAUGCAAAUAUGGUUACCGUGCAACAUUAGCGUCAUAUACAACAUGUACAGAGUCGGGUACUUGGAGAGAACCUCUACCACAAUGUGAAGAUGAUACAGCACCUGUAUUUGAUAACUGUCCUGGUAACACCAUCACGGUUUACGCAGAUCCAGGUUUAACAUCAGCAGCAGUCACGUAUCCACCGCUAACUGCUACAGAUAAUUCAGGAACGGCAACUCUAACACUAGUGCAAGGCUUACCUUCUGGGUCACGUUUUGAAGAAGGCGCGCAUGUCAUUGAAUUUCAUGCUAUAGAUAAUGAUAGAAAUAGAGCUUAUUGUUUCUUUUCUGUAUCAGUUCAAGUCUUAAUGUGCGAGAUUCCUGACUACAAUGAUGAUAAUAUGGAAAUCACGUGUCCUACCGGUUAUACAUUGGGAUCACAAUGUUCCAUCGGUUGUAGAUCUGGGUUACCUUUAGUCGGACCAAACAAAAUAACAUGUGAAAAAGAUGAUUCAGAUCCACCUAAAACAUCGUGGGAUUUUAGCCUUGAUACUCAGCCAUUUUGUAGAGCUUUACCGUGUAGAAAUUUAACGGCUCCAUUGAAUGGUGCAUUAGCCUGUGAUGGUUGGACUUCUGGUACAUUUUGUAAUAUGAUGUGUAAUUCAAAUUUCGAUAUACCAAGAACUAUGAGCGCAAAUAACCGUUUUAUUUGCGGAUGGCAGACAGGAACGUGGUCUCCCACAGAUAACGUUCCUGAUUGUACAGAAGCCAGACGACCCGGGAGAAUGGUUCUUCCUUCUGAGUUUUAUUAUUUUGAUGGAGACUGUACAACAAGCACUGAUGUUAUUAAGAACAAUUUUAUUCAAGCACUACAAAACUCACCUAUAUGGACACAAGCUUGUCCUGUUCCAGAGGAUUGUACAGUAGAAAAUGUAGUUGUUACAUGCGGUCCUACAUCUGGCCGAAAGAAAAGGAAUGUAGAAAAUCAUAGGUAUAAGAGAGAGGCCAAUCAGUUAUUGCUAACUUUCAAAAUUGCUAUACCAUUUUCUGUUGAUGGGACAUCUAAAGAAAAUGCCAGGGAUAUUAGUGCAGCCAAACUUAACAGUAUUGCCGAUGGUAUUAAACGUGAUGUUGUAAAUGGUGUUUUUAGUAGCGUUGCACCGGGGUUCACAAUAAGAAAUGAUUCUGUGAAUUUUGAUUGGGAAGAUUUUGAAUGUCCAGAGGGACAGAUUUCCAACUAUGCAUCAGUUUCGUGUCGUGGAUGUCCAUCUGGAAUGAUGUAUGAAAGAACAACCAAAAACUGUACUUAUUGUCCUAAGGGAACUUAUCAGGAUGAAGACUUUUCUCUGUCCUGUAAAUCUUGUCCUAAAAAUACUUCAACUAUAAAUGAAGGAUCUCGUAACGCAAAUAAUUGUUUAGCUAUUUGUGGUAUUGGUGAGAGUUCCCCAACUGGAUUAAUGCCAUGUUCACCAUGUCAGAUAGGAUCGUAUCAAGAUACAGAAAACAGUCAAACUUGUAAGAAAUGUCCGGCAGACACAUCAAGUUCAAUAGGAUCAACAUCUCUAACAGCCUGUAAAGGUUUCGAUAUGGUAUUAACUGGACCAAUAAAGUUAACCAGUAAGCCACUAGAAUCUGAUAUGAACAAUUUAGCCCUUUCUGUUUGGUUCAAUUAUAAAUCAAUUAACUCUAAUUUCACUAUCAGUCUGAUAAAGGAAGAACGUUCUGCAGUUCUCGUUAAUUUCGCUAGUGAGAUCAGUGUCUAUAUUAAAGGUGUUGCCGUCACCUCUCAGACCAGAAAUAGUGUUUGGACCAACUUCGCUCUAACAUGGUUAAACCCCAGCAAAAGUUUAAAAGUGUAUCUUGGUGGUCAAUUAGUAUCUACAAAAACAGUGUCUUCUCUAGAAUCAGAUCUCUUGAAAAAUGCUUCAAUGGAGAUAGAUCUAACAGAGGGAAACGAAGUGACAAUCAGACGAGCCGAUUUAAGUGAUAUUGUAUUUGAUGAUGCCGCUGUUGGAAAUAGUUCUCAGACAUGUGAAAUGACAACACCAGGGACGGUUCUUACCUCCUUAAACAGUAUGACAACAGAUAAUAAAACUAAUUUAAAUAUUGCCAUGCCUUCUACUUGUGAUGCUGUAGAUGAAUGUUUAUCAUCACCUUGUGGUCAACAUGUUUGUAUAAAUGAAUUAUCAGGAUUUAAAUGUAAAUGUUCUGAUGGAUAUACUGGUGAUCUAUGUAAUAUACCACCUGAUUAUUGUUUAUCAAAUGGUUGUAAUAAUGGUGCUACAUGUAACAGUAUUUCUACCAAUAAAUCAUUUACAUGUACUUGUCCUAAAGGAUACAAGGGAACACUUUGUGAUGUCACUAUUGUAAAUGGAGGAUGGGGAAAUUAUACAGAUUGGAGUGAAUGUAGUACUACGUGUGGUGGAGGUUCAUCAUCUAGACAUAGAUUAUGUGAUAAUCCUUCACCUGAUGAGGAUGGUGAACUAUGUCAAGGUGAUGAUACAGAAGUUAAACCGUGUAAUACUGAUAAAUGUCCUGAGUGUAAGGCUACAGAUUUAUCAAGAGCUUAUGGCUCCAGUGCUCAAUGUACUGGAACCACAUCAAGACUGAAAUGUAAUAUGAUUUGCAGAUCAGGAACGGUUUAUAAUGGAGAUGAAACUCUGAAUUACACCUGUUUUGAUGGAGUCUGGAGUCCAGGGAGGAAAUUAUUGCCAUGUACAGAGGUGGAAUCGUCUAGAUCCCUCCAAAUACAAACAACGGUUAACUUCCCAUCUCCAGCGAUAUGCGAAAAUAGUGAGGCAUUCAAAAAUCAGAUAUCCAAUAAAGUUCGUGAAAAUACUUGUGGUGGAAGUAAUACAUGUCAAUAUGAAGUUCAAGUACCAGAAUGUAUUCCAGGAAAUAGAAGAAAACGAGAUGCUGAUACUGCUGUUACCAUUCUAUUAACCAAAGAUUUGCCAGAAGAUGAUCUCGGUCUGGCCGCUUAUCAGACAAAUCGUACCAUUAGUCCACAGUUAAAAGCUACAGUAGAAGCUAUAAAAAUAUUAGAAUUAUCAGGUCAGAUGUUACAGAAUCAAACAGAGAAUUUUACAGUGACGGUAAAUGAUGUUGUUUAUAAAGCUACAUCUGUAAAUGUUAAUGGUAAAACAAUAUGUCAACCUGGAGCUGUUGGACAAGCUGGUGUGUGUGGUGUGUGUACAGAAGGAACCUAUGAAAAUGGUAAUCAGUGUAUAGACUGUAAGCAUGGUUAUUAUCAGGAUGAACGAGGAACUGUUGAAUGUAAACAAUGUCCUUCUGGUUGGACAACACAAUAUAUUGGUUCUAUCGACGUAUCUAGCUGUUCAGUUCCAUCAGACACUGAGACAACCAAAGAGACACAAGAUGCCACUACCACCACAACCAUACAGACACAAGAUGAUCAGUCGGAUGAAGAAGACAACAAUCCAUACACGGUGAUAAUAGCUGUAAGCUCGGUUGUUGUCUGUGUUGUCAUUGUGGCUAUAUUUGGGUUUAUAAUGUACUACGUCUGUAAGGGAAACAGAACAAAGAAAAGAAACAGAGUACAGUCAGCUUCUAUUCCAGGGGAGAAUCCGAAUAAUUCUAAUGAAUUAUCCUACCAGGGUUCUGGCCACAUUUACCAAGAAUUGAUUGAAAAUGUCUAUAUUACUCCAACGUUUUUAGAAUAAAUCUUAUUUAUCUUAAGCCCCCACCACACCAAACAAGUUCAAACAAGUUCUCACAAUAAACGCGUUACCCCGUCCUAGAAAGUCGAAAAACUGCUUGUGGUCGGGGUAGAAUGUUUAAAUAAUUUCUAUAAUAUGAUCCUACUUCGUUCAUAAACGGUUCUCAAUACGUCCAACUAGUAUGUAGCCUGUCCACAAUCAUUCAUGUCAAGUUCAGUUCGGGUAAAUGUAUGUCCAAACAGUUCAAGACCGUCCCUACUAAACCCGUUUGUAACUAGUUCUUCCUCGUUCCCAUAAGUCCCCAACUGAUUCUAACUAGUCUGUAACCCGACCACCCUGUUCAGGUACAGUUCAACUCCUCAUCUUGUUCUUGGUAUGUUCGAACGAGCUCAUAUUGUGUGUUCGAACCUAGCUCCUUCGCACUGUUCCUCAUUCCUGUUCAACUCUCCAAGCUGUGCAGAUCAAGACAUUAAAAUAAUAUUAUGUUAAUACAGUUGCCUCAUAUGUUUAAUCAUGCCUCUAAAGAGACAUACCAGAAGGACUGCCCGUUGGAAAGCAGCCACUAGUAUUACCCGAAGAUCCCCGGGGUCCCCCUUGGCCUCAAUAGGUGCAGUGGGGGCAGCAAACGUCCCUGAAGAAAACCAAGACUCGCACACAUCUGAAGACAUGGUGGAAUGGCUCAAGGCCAACGAAGUCCUAUAUAACAUUGAUGCCCAAUCACGUCACGUUGUAACGCGUCCCUAGUAGGAUAGAAGUGCGGCAAUUCCGUUCAUAGUACAGCAAUUCUGUUCGUAGUACGUCUAUCUCGUUUAAAGUACCGUGUCACUACGUCUAAUUCCAGGGCGGGGAACAUUUUGGACAGGCUUUUUGUUCUAUAGCACCCUUCCCACCAAAGCCAGUCCGAACCCUUCCACGAAGUUCUUAAAUAGGUUGUAACCAGUAUGACUUUCACUCUGUUGGCACAGUUUGUUGAGCCCGUUUUCCAACAUUUUCUAGAACGUAGUAAGAACUAGUUUGGUGUGAUGGGGCUCAAACGUAUAUUAAUAAUGAUACGGAAAAAAUAUUUUUUAAGCCAGAAUUUCAUUAAAAAAAAAAUCUACAAAAAGAGAAAAUAAAUAUUACUUACUGUCGACCACUGUUUGGCUCUUUGUUUAUACGUGAUUGCGGUUGUAACACGCUGCUCAGUAACCACGCCCAUUUUUAUGUUUUUACCGUUUUCUUUAUUAUUACUUUAUAUGUAAAUAAUCUUAAUUAAAUUAACCUAUAUAUACUAUCAUAUAUAAUGUAUUGAACGUUAAAUUUGUAAUAAACAACAACAACUUCGUUCACUGAGACCCAACCCACAAUACAUAAUAUUGCGCUUGUCGGACUUUCUAUUCAGCUGUUAAUAAUUGCGCUUUACCCCCAAUUGACUUAUUAUGGUGUUAUACUGACACGGUAAUAUUCGGUAGUUUUAAAUAAAGAACGUUGCUUUUAAAUGUGUAGAUGAAUAUAUUAUUAAGUUGUUGCUUGAUUUGUAGUUUAGCAUACUAUCCUUAAAAUAAAUAUUUAAAAAAUGUG